CUUGCGGCUGGAAUCCCAGGACCCCGCGGCCACCGCCGUCCGUGUGCGGACCCCCGGCCCCUCGUGGAAGCCGGGGCCCUGCGGGCGGCCUGGAGCCCCGCCGCGGGGCCGCCUCCCGGGACCUCUCCUCCGGCCCGGCGGCGCCGACCUUUGUCUUCCCCGAAGCGAGAGCUCAGCGGGCAACAGGAGCUCGUAAGCUCCUGGGUGGAAUUACACUUCGGUGGGAACGGGAACGGGAGCAGCGUUCCAGACUCUGUUUCUAUUUAUAACGGCGACAUGGAAAAAAUACUGCUGGACGCGCAGCAUGAGUCUGGACGGAGCAGCUCCAAGAGCUCUCACUGUGACAGUCCACCUCGCUCACAGACUCCACAAGAUAUUAACAGAGCCUCUGAAACAGACACGCACAGUCUUGGAGAAAAAAACAGCUCUCAGUCUGAGGAGGAUUACAUGGAGAGGAGGAGAGAAGUCGAAAGCAUCCUGAAGAAGAACUCAGACUGGAUUUGGGACUGGUCAAGUCGGCCAGAAAACAUCCCCCCCAAGGAGUUCCUCUUCAAGCACCCGAAGCGCUCGGCCACACUCAGCAUGAGGAACACGAGCGUCAUGAAGAAAGGGGGCAUCUUCUCUGCCGAGUUUCUUAAAGUCUUUCUUCCGUCUCUCCUGCUGUCCCACCUGCUGGCCAUCGGGUUGGGGAUCUACAUCGGAAGGCGCCUGACAACGUCCACCAGCACCUUCUGAGGAAGAGCUGGGCGCGGGAUCCAGCUGCUUCGUGUGGUGGGGGUCAGACGCUGGAGUUCGCAGCAUAGCUUCCAGAAGCCGCUGUCUUUGUCACUGGGUGGCUGCACCACUGUGUCAUUUCUUCUGCAAAUGCUGCGUUGCUUGUUCAGUCAGUAAAGACACUAAGUCCCUGCUCGCCCAUAGUCACAGUUAGGGAUCAAGUACUACGCAUGUCAGUGAUUACUGUCUGCUGUCACCGUCUGGUGGGAACCUUUCUUGGGGUGUUCCAAGUACCUACGUGUAGGCAGUUUAACAUACCCAGUCACAGCGUAUGUAGUGUUUUAACAAAUUAUCUGCAACCUUAAUCGAGUCAGACGCUAUCUGGAAGGAACGCCGCUGCCAGGAAGGUUCAUCCCGAGUAACGCUGCGGCCUCACUCGCUCCCGCAGACAACCCUCACGUGGACGCCCCUCAGCUCUGGCUGUGCUGGUGGCUCUUUGCCAGAGACGCGCGGAGCGCAGGCUGCACACGCGCCUGCCCGGGCAGCGCCCCGGCGGCGGGGCCCUGCAGCACGGGGCCCUCAGCUGAGAAUGUUGCCUAACUGCCCGGACGGCCAGCGCCCCUUCCCCUCGCCUCUGGAUUGCUGAGUUCAGUCUUCAGGUUUGUGGUCGGUUUUUGUGUGCUCAUGGAAUCGGCUUCGUUCUAAGCUGCUCUGUGUCUACUUUGAAAGGCUGGAAAUGGAAAAAAAUAAAUAUUUGCCAAAUACUUGGUUACUGUACUUACAUGUGUUUUAAAACCAAACGUCAUAUAAGCUUUUUGGUUACACCAGGCGCAUCCCCAUUGCAUGGUUUGUAAAGGCUGCCCCUUUGAUAUGCUGUAUAAAUGCUACUGUGUGUGUGUGUCACUUUUCCACACUGAAUUCAGUUGUGUUAAAAUAAACGUAACGUUCUAAUUUUUAAAA